GGGCAGUCAAUCACGCCUCACCCUCCAUCGGAUGAUCCUCCUCAGUAGGGCAGUCUGGGCCACCGGAGGCAACCUGACAGUCCGUUUCAAAUCCGACCACAACAAUACAUCAGCACAGAUGUAUUAAUUUAUAUGUCGGUUUAGAUUUAAACUUAAGGAGCGACACACCUUCGUGAAUGGAGUAUCUCAUCCCGCAAAAGGUCCGUUUUCACCCGUGCCAUCGCCUCCGAGGAAAUUUGACCCUCAGCUGCAGGAGGAGCGCUGUCGAGCCGGACAUUUUUCUCCACCGUCAUCCGAUCUGACACCAUAUCCAAUGGUUACAGCCUAAUAGCCUUCACAUCGCACGACACGGGCCUUUUCGACAGGACUCUUGAUUUUAAGCAACAGAAUGGCGGUUUUUAGCUCACAGGUGCUUCUCGCCAUAACACGAUCAAGGGGAUCCUACUUGCUUUCCAAAAGACACGGUUGUGCCCCACUCCCGUCGACCGCAUGCAUACGCUACCACUCGGAGUUCUUCGGCCGGGUUGCCAUUACAGCCAGGUGUGCCAGGCCGCUGUACCCCUGUUACUCAUCCAGCUUCAUCCGCCCUGGUUGCAUAGCUGCACGUCCCCUCCACAGUUCUUGUGCUUGGCUUCAAGAGGUGAAAGACACCCCCGAACCUGUCAAGGGUGAGCCCGUCCCUGCCUCCUCUGGCACUCAACCACCACCACCACCACCAGCAGUGCCAAGGAAGUCAUUGGGACAGAGAGUUCUGGAUGAGCUCAAGCAUUACUAUCAUGGUUUUCGGCUUCUGGGCAUAGAUACCAAAAUCGCGGGCAGGAUGGUCUGGAGGUUACUGCACGGGCAGCAGCUCACCAGGAGAGAGAGGAGAAGGCUGAUGCGGACAUGUGCCGACUUGUUCCGGCUUGUGCCCUUCAUGGUCUUCAUCAUCGUUCCCUUCAUGGAGUUUCUGCUCCCCGUGUUCCUCAAACUCUUUCCAGAAAUGCUGCCUUCUACAUUUGAGACGGAGUCCAAGAAGGAGGAAAAACAGAGGAAGGGACUUGCUGCUAAACUAGAGCUGGCCAAGUUCUUACAGGAGACCAUUGCUGAGAUGGCCAGGAGGAACAAAGCAGCUGUAGGAGAUGAGACUCAGAAGUUCUCGACUUACGUGCAACAGGUGAGGCACACCGGUGAACAGCCCAGCACUAAAGACAUUGUGAAGUUCUCCAAGCUCUUUGAGGAUGAGCUGACGUUGGAGCAUCUGGAGCGGCCACAGCUGGUGGCCUUGUGCAAACUGCUGGAGCUGCAGCCCAUCGGCACCAAUAACCUGCUGCGUUUCCAGCUGAUGAUGCAGCUGCGGACCAUCAAGACUGACGAUGAGAUGAUCGCCAAGGAGGGAGUGGCCGCAAUGACUGUAGCCGAGCUCCAGGCUGCCUGCAGGAGUCGCGGCAUGAGAUCUUUGGGUCUGACCACAGAUCAGCUCCGACAGCAGCUGCAACAGUGGCUGGACCUGCAUUUGAAAGAGAACGUCCCACCGUCCUUGUUGCUGCUGUCUCGUGCAAUGUACCUGACGGACCUCACUCCUAAAACUCCAGUCAUCCCACCUGUGCCCAAACUGGAGAAAGCCACUCCUCCUCCCGCGGAGGCCGAAACCACAGCCAAAGGGAAUCCGAUGUCUUCCUCGGUGGAGGUGCUGGUGGACUCUGCUCCAGUUAUUAAAGACAGAAAGUCUGAAGAACUGUUGGAGAAAUCUAGAGGGUUGGACAUGCCAUCACCUGAAGCUCAGUUAAUACAUGCUAAAGAGGCAGAGUUGUCCCAGAAGUCCAAGAUGAGCGCCAAUGGGAUGUGAGAGGGGCUCCAUGUUUCCUCAGUCACCUUAUUCUGUCGGAGAAGAGGGUGGAGGUUUGAGUUCGGCCUCCUUCUGCAGAGGACGCAUCUCUCGCAAUCCAGGAUUUCAGAGGCCUUGCCGUCUCGCACCUCCCAUACGGAACUUAUAUGGAUCUCCGUCGACAUCUGGUCCCCAAAAAGGAUGAAAAUCGUUUGUUAGAAUAUAGACAUCACUCCAGCUUGACAUCUGACAUGUUUACAUCUCCCAUCCCCCGAAGAUUUGAGAAAUAAUGUAAAUUUUUAAAUCAGCUCAGUCCAGCCAGGAAAUGAAUAAGUAACUUGCACCUCUUUGCUAAACUUCAUUUUGUAAAUGUGUAAAUAAAUUGUAUAAUACCUGCAUAUUAUAUAAGUGCUACUGCUUUAUACAGUCGGCUGUGCCAUAUGUGAGCUAGAAGGUGAAAGUCAUAUUUUAAUAUGAGGAAUGCAUAUAUAUGCGUUCUGGAUGUAGGUUUGGCAGUGGAUUUGUAAAUGGCCAAGUAUGUAGGUAUUUUUUUAUUUUAAUUUUAAAUUCCCUUUUCUAAGGGAAUAUUACGUUCGCUCCCUCAGGAGAUGCGGUUACGCCAGGCCUGCCUGUGGCAGACUCUGCAGACUUCGGCACAGAAAAAGACUUAUCAUAAACUGUGUGUUUAAUUAGUUGAAAAUGCGCUGCGUCCCCCCUUUCAAUCAUGCGUUGAAAUUUUUUCCUUGGCGGAAAAUCCGAAUGAAUAGUUUACGUUUCACCUAUGGUUAAAUAUAUAGAAAAUUUCCCCAAAGACAAAUGUUUAUUUUUGAACGACAAACUGUUUGGAUUGUUAUUGCGUUUCAUGUUGCACUGGAUAAACCAAUGGGAGGGAAAAUAAUAUAGUAUGGCAAUACUGUACAAUUUGAAUUAAAUAAGAAAAAAACAAACAUCCGCCCUCAGAUAUUUGCUUAGUUUAUCCCAUAACCUGCCUUUAACUUAACUGUAAACUUAAUUGAAUGUGUUGGAUCUUUUUAAAGUCCCAUUCUUUCCUGGUGCACUUUUUUUAUGUUGAUAAAUUGUGAAAGAUUGAAAAACGACUGCCUCUCAUUGCAUUAAACAUCUUUUACCACUGUACAGUCAAAAAGUAAAGGUGCUCAAUGCUCAUACCUCUUUUAACUGUGUUACACAACUCGUGUUAUUACCCCCGUUUAUUAAGUGUAAUGUGAACAAAUAUAAUGGUUUUUCUUUUUAGAACGGACAAAAUGUUAAAGGUCAAAUUCAUUCAUUUUUGCAGUUAAUUGAAUCUUUUGUUCAGUUCAAAACAAAAACAUUUCAUUAAAAAAAAGCUUCAAGUUCAAAA